GCCCCCACCCCCACCCCGCCCCCCUCGGACCAUCGCAUCGCGUUCGAAAUUUUCAAAACCCCCCAAUCCCUCGGAGUCGGACACUCGGAGGGAACCCAAUUUUUUCGGCCCCGCGUCGGCGCGCGUCGCCUCGUCUACCCUCCCACCCCGCCCGCCGCCCGCCUCCCGCUGCCCCCGCAAAUCUCCAAAUCCCCCAAUCCCCUGCUCGAGGCCCCGAAUCCCCCGCGCUUAAAUCCCAAUUCGGCGCCCGCGGAGGCGGAACCCUACCCGCGUCGAUCCCCCAAUCCGUCCGCCCGAUUCCAGAUUCUAGGGUUUCCCAUGCCCUAGCCCCCCGCCCGCCGGUGGUGCUGGUGCCAUGCCCGCGUCCCGCAUCCCGCUCAAGCGCUGCACCGCCGCCGUCCCGGGCGAGGGGGAGCCGGGCCCCGCCGAGACCAUGCCGCCCGCCAAGCGCCGCCGCGAGCGCGUCGCUCCGUCGCGGCUCGAGGACUCGGGCCUGCCGCCCGCCAAGAAGCGCGGAGCGGUCGUAGCUCCCGCGCCCGCGCCGGCCGGGGAGGGGGAGGACAGGGACGGGGAAGUGUACGAUGUCGAGGUGCGCGUGGUCGAGCCCAAAGGCGACUCCUUUGGCCCCGUGGAGACCGCGGUGUGGGCGCCUGAGCAGCCGCCGGCCUCGGACGCCGAUGUGUACCGGGCGUGCCGGAACAUCAACAAGAGCGGCAGCUGCGGGGGUUCUGCCAGCGGCAGUGUGCUCACGUCCGUGAGCAAUGCUGGCUCGGACGGCGGUGCAACUGGCAAUGGCGGGCUGGAGGGGAGGCCUGCGGUGGUGGAGUGCAAGCCCAAGAGGGAGGGCGUCGAGAAGAAAGAGAAAGAGGGUUUCUACUGGCCUGAGGAUUUCGUGCUGGGGGACGUCGUGUGGGCGAGGUCGGGGAGGAAGUGCCCGGCGUGGCCCGCGCUGGUGAUUGACCCACUGCUGCACGCACCGGAGGUCGUGCUUAACUCCUGCAUCCCCGGCGCUCUCUGCGUCAUGUUCUUCGGUUACUCUGGUGGCGGACAUAGCAGGGACUACGGAUGGAUUAAGCAGGGGAUGAUCUUUCCCUUUGUGGACUACCUAGACAGGUUUCAAGGACAGCCUCUGUAUAAGCUAAGACCAAGCAAAUUCCGUGCAGCAAUUGAGGAGGCUUUCCUCGCUGAACGUGGCUUUUUUUAUCUUGAAAUGGAUGGGGUGUGCUCACAGCCAAAGUCUGUCAACGACCAGUCUGACCCUAAUGGCUUUCAGGAAGAGGCUGCUUCAAAUAAUGAGCAAGAGUGCCAAUCCGAGGCUCAGGUUGCUAGUAAAUCAGCAUCAUGUUGUGAUAGCUGUGGUAAUCGCCUACCAUCUAAGGGUUCUAAGAAAAAGAAGCAAGAUGGUGAGCAGCUACUUUGUAAACACUGUGAAAAGCUAUUGCAGUCGAAACAAUACUGUGGCAUAUGCAAGAAAAUUUGGCACCACACAGAUGGUGGAAACUGGGUUUGUUGUGAUGAGUGCCACAUUUGGGUUCAUGUUGAAUGUGACUUGACAUGCAACAACAUGGAGGAUUUAGAAAAUACUGAUUAUUUCUGUCCGGACUGCAAAUCAAAACGCAAAACAGUUGUAGCAACUGAAAAAAUGAAUACUUCCAACAAUUCAGAAUGUGCUAGCACUUCAAAGGAAAAACUGUCUGGAAUGAUACCUGUUUGUUGCAAUGGGGAGGAGGCUCUGUACAUACCUGAGAAGCACAUGAUACUAUGUCAAUGCAAGUCUUGCAAGGAAAGGAUGAUGAGUCUGAAUGAGUGGGAGAAACAUACUGGCUCAAGGAAAAAGAAUUGGAAGAUGAGUAUUAAACUCAAGAGCACUGGCGAGCCACUCAUUAAUUUGCUGGAUGAUAUUCCCUGUGGAACUUCAAAGUCUUCUACCCCAGGCAUUAAGAAAGAAGAGCUGCUACAAUUGCAAGCUAAUGCUUACAGUCCUGUCUGUGCUAAAUGGACAACUGAACGGUGUGCUGUUUGUCGAUGGGUUGAGGAUUGGGACUACAAUAAAAUUAUCAUUUGCAACAGAUGCCAAAUAGCUGUCCACCAAGAGUGCUAUGGAGCACGAGCUGUACAAGAUCUUACAACAUGGCUUUGUCGAGCAUGCGAAUCCUCCCAACGGAAAAGAGAAUGCUGCUUAUGUCCUAUCAAAGGGGGUGCUCUCAAGCCAACAGAUAUUAAUGGACUGUGGGUUCAUAUUACAUGUGCCUGGUUUCAACCUAAAGUCUCUUUUCCGGUUGAGGAGACGAUGGAGCCAGCUAUGGGAAUAUUGAGUAUUCCUGCAGAGUACUUUAAGAAGACAUGUAUUAUAUGCAAGCAAAUACAUGGUGCCUGUACCCAAUGCUACAAGUGCUCUACAUAUUACCACGCAAUGUGUGCAUCAAGAGCUGGAUAUCGCAUGGAGUUGCAAUAUUCUGAAAGAAAUGGGAGGCACAUUACAAAAAUGGUUUCCUACUGUAAUCUUCACAGUACUCCCGACCCAGACAAUGUGUUAAUAGUGAAGACACCUGAAGGAGUUUUCUCUACCAAAUUUUUUCUCCAAGAUGGUGAGAAACAGACAGCUGCAAGGCUUGUCAGGAAGGAAAAUCACCAGGAGAAGGUGCUUCCUGUUCCUGCUAAAGUUUCUGACUGUCUAUCUGCAAGGUGCCAGACCUAUGAAAUAUUGAAAUACAAGAAAGAACCACGAGAGGCUAUUGCCCACCGGAUAAUGGGACCUCGACACCAUUCCCAGGAUUUCAUUGACGGCCUUAAUGCGUGCAUGGAUUGUAAGGACGAUCAAUCUUUUUCAACGUUCAAAGAACGGCUUUGUUAUUUACAGAAAACUGAAAACAAGAGGGUCUCCUGUGGUCUAUCUGGAAUACAUGGAUGGGGGCUGUUCGCUGCUAGGAAUAUUCAGGAGGGGCAAAUGGUUAUCGAAUAUCGUGGUGAACAAGUUAGAAGAAGUGUUGCUGAUUUGAGGGAAGCACGAUACCAUAGAGAAAAAAAGGAUUGCUAUCUUUUCAAGAUAAGUGAAGAUGUUGUAAUCGAUGCAACAGAGAAAGGAAACAUAGCGCGUCUAAUUAAUCACUCGUGUAUGCCUAACUGCUAUGCACGGAUCAUGAGUGUCAGUGACGACAGAAGCCAGAUCAUUCUUAUUGCCAAGAGAGAUGUCUCUGCUGGAGAAGAACUGACAUAUGACUACUUGUUUGACCCUGACGAGUCGGAAGAUUGCAAGGUUCCAUGCCUGUGCAAAGCACCUAACUGUCGUGGAUACAUGAACUAGAAGAGUAUAAACAACCAUCUCACAGCGCACAAGGACUAAGGACUAACCCCUUACAGGUGCCAAAGGCCGGCCAUUUUUCCCAGAUUCAGCCAGAUUCUUUUGUUUGUUUGUCUGGUUUUGCUCAAUUGAUUCGUGGCAAUCAAGAUUAUGUUUUUGCCACAGUAGUUUAUUUAGAUUGAAAUGUAGGUAGUUAGGUCCUACAGUGUUAGGACAAGAAUACUUGCAGCCAUAGCCAGCCAUUGUAUAUUCUUCCAUUGGUGUAAUAACUAAUAAGAAGAGUGCCUAUUUAUAAAUGGAAAAAAGGGAUCAAUUCAACGCUA